ACCUACUUCAAACGCACACAUCUUUCAUCUCGUUCUCAAUUUGCGAACUUUAUAGGUUUCUUAUCACAGCAAUGUCUACGCAAAUCAAACCUCUUCAACUCUAUGGCGGUAUACUUGGCCCGAACCCAGGCAAAGUCUCUAUCCUUCUCACCGAAUUAGGCAUUCCCUUCGAGGCUGUGAAGGUUGCGAUGACCGACAUCAAAAAGCCGGAGUACACUGCGCUCAAUCCCAAUGGUCGCCUUCCCACUCUCAUUGAUCCAAAUACGGGUCUCAAGAUCUGGGAAUCUGGUGCUAUCAUCGAAUACAUCAUCGAGAAGUACGAUACCGAGUACAAGCUCAGCUUCCCGCAAGGAACAGAGGAAUAUUUCCACUGCAAGCAAUCUCUACAUUUCCAAAUGUCAGGGCAAGGCCCAUACUACGGUCAAGCAUGGUUCUUCACGCACCUCUUCACUGAGAAACUCCCCUCGGUAAUCGAGCGUUAUAUGAACGAAAUAAAACGCGUACACGGAGUUCUCGAGGCACACUUAGCCACACGGGAUUGGCUUGUCGGGGACAAGUGCACAUAUGCGGAUCUUGCUUUCAUCCCUUGGCAGGAAACUGCUGGAAAGUUGGCGGGGGAAAAUCCUAUGUUCUAUGAGACUGAGAAAGACUUUCCCAGAGUGAAUGCUUGGUAUAAGAGGAUGAUUGAAAGGCCAUUGCUGAAGAAGCUGAUGCAGGAGAGAGUGGAGCAAAUGGCCAAGGCCAUCGCUGCUGGGAAGCAUUGA